AUGGGCGCCGCGCGUCCCCUCUGCUCGCGGCGAGUGGUGGAGGCGGCCCAGCCCAGCCCGGGGAGGAGCCUCCGACUCGGGGCCCCCGUCAAGCAGAGACGGAGCCGCGGCCGCCACCGACAGCGACACCGCCGCACGCGACACCGCUCAGCCCGGAGAGACCCGCCAAGUCCGCCAGACUCCCUCGCCAGGAGUGGGGUCAGUGCCUACCCAGCGAUACUUCCAGCACAAGCGUCGUGUGUGUGUGGAAGCGUUGAGGUGGCGGCAGACAAGGUGACGGACAAGCUGUCUGCCACACUCUCAUGGGUGAGGCAGACGGUGACGCAGACGGUGACGGCGACCGGGGCGACCCCCUCGGUCCCCUCGGCGCCGCAUGCCGGGCCCCGACCGCACGGGAGCGAGCGUAACGGCGCAGCGGCAGCGGCGGCGAGGGGGGGGGCGCUCUCCGCCGAGGACGAGGAGCUCCUCUCAAAGCUGGAGGAACAGAACAAGCUGCUGCAGGCGGUAUCGAGUGGCCCGCCGCCGGCGGGGGGGCCCGGCGAGGCGGCGCGGCCCGGCGAGGAAGAGCUGUGGGCCGUGUGGGGCGGCCUCGUGUCCGAGUGGCAGGAGUCGCGCUGCCACAAGGAUCAGCGCGUCAAGGAUCUUGUCCGGGAAGGAAUUCCGCACCAUUUCAGAGGAAUCGUCUGGCAGCUCCUGUGCGAUGCUCAAAAUGUCGCUGAAAAGGAUCAGUACAGUGAGCUCCUGAAGAUGGCAUCUCCGUCGGAAAAGCUGAUCCGGCGAGACUUGGCACGGACCUACCCAGAGCACGUGCUGUUCCGACAGCCGGACGGCCCCGGCCAGGAGGGGCUCUUCAACGUCAUGAAGGCGUAUUCGCUGGUGGACCGCGAGGUCGGAUAUUGCCAGGGCAGCGCCUUCAUCGUCGGACUUCUCUUGAUGCAGAUGCCGGAGGAGGAGGCUUUCUGCGUGUUCAUCCGCCUCAUGCACGACUACCGCCUGCGUGAGCUCUUCAAGCCCAGCAUGGCCGAGCUGGGGCUGUGCAUGUACCAGAUCGAGAGCCUCAUGCAGGAUCAGCUGUCUCAGCUGCACGCACACCUGAGCGCGCACAGUGUGCACACCUCCAUGUUCGCGUCUCCCUGGUUCCUCACCGUGUUCCUGACCACCUUCCCGCUGCCGCUCGCCGCUCGCAUCUUCGACUGGUUCAUGUGCGAGGGCCUGGAGGUGGUUUUCCGGGUGGGUGUCGCCAUCCUCUCGGCUCUUCAGGAUGAGCUGCUCGCACAGGACAUGGAGGGCAUGCUGCAGCUUUUUCAAAAGGUGAUUCCCCACCGAUGGGACGGCUGUGCCGACAAGCUCAUCGCCGCGGCCACGCAGGUCAAGUACAACCCGAAGCGCCUCAAGAAGUUGGAAAAGGAAUACAUGGCUCUGAAAACGAAAGAGAUGGAGGAACAGGUUGAAAUCAAGAAAUUACGCACGGAGAAUCGGCUGCUGAGGCAGAAAAUAGACAACUUGGAGAAGGAGAGUGCAGCGCUGGCUGACAGGCUCAUACAGGGUCAGGUGACGCGUGCCCAGGAGGCGGAAGACAACAUGCAGUUCCGCCGUGAGGUGGAUUCUCUGCGCGCCCACAAUGCCACGGUGGCCGACAAGCUGGCUCUAGCGCACACCACCCUCCGGCAGCUGCUCGCUGAGAAGGGCUCGGGCAGCCGCUACUCGGAAGAGUUUGUGAUUGGGCUCGAGCGGGAGCUCGUGAUGGCUCGGCUCAAGGAGGCCGAGGCUCAGUCUGCACUGCACGAAAUGCAGGAGAAGGUCAUUGGUAUGGAGAAGCGCUGUAGCUCCCUGCCGGACGAGAGCAACGUCGCGCGGCUGCAGGAGGAGCUCAUCGCCGUGAAGAUCCGCGAGGCCGAGGCGCUCACCUCGCUCAAGCAGCUGCAUCAGCAGGUGCGCGACCUGGAGGACGCCUGGCAGAGGCACGUGUCCCGCACGUCCGUGCGUGGGAAGUGUGCGCUGGGCGAGCUGCAGGCGGAGAUCAUGACGGUGCGGCUUCGCGAGGGGGAGACCCGCGCACAGCUCAGUGAGACCAAGCACCGCGUGCUGGAGUUACAGACACAGAGCCAGCUGGUGGGCUCGCAGCUGCGGCGAGCCGAGCAGGAGCUGAGCGCGUGCCAGCAGCGGGUCGCGGCGCUCACUCGCGAGAACAGCGAGCUGCACGCCGCCGCCGCCACCGCCAAGCGCCGCAUGGCCGAGCACGAGUGCCAGAGCAAGGAGCAGGCGAUGUCGGCGCGACUCCGCGAUGCCGAUCACCUGGCGGCCGUGGCCGAGCUCCGGCAGAGAAUCGCAGAGCUGGAGAUCCAGCACGAGGAGGGUCAGCUGACGGGUCAGCUGACGCGUACGGACACGCGGCAGCACAUCCGGGACCUCACCGAGCAAAUCGCAGAGCUGCAGGAAGAGGUGCAGAGGCUGAGGGGCGGACCGCUCGGUGUCACAGCGCAGGCCCUGGAACGGAUCCACAUCAGCGCCCACGACGACGACGACGAUGAUGACGACGACGAUGACGACGAUGAUUAUGAAAUUGACGAAGAAAGAAGGAAAAUGACAAAGCUCGCAAGCCAGAGUUCACCAGACGCUGGAGCUGAUGAUGACGACGACGACGACGAUGUCGACAACUACGUUCACGACGCCGGAAACGGCAGUGAAAAUUUCGCAACUUGGAGAAAUGUGAACUCCAGCGAGAGCGACGCUGAGGACGACGUCUGCGGGGUGGAGGGUGGCAGUGAGCUGAAGCGGUGCAAGAAGACUUCGAGCGCAUUCCGUGGACUCGCUGGCGAGGGUGGCGGGGGUGGCCCUAGCGAUGGCGGCGUCAUGCCCGUGGGACGAUGCACCAAAGUCGACGGCUCGGAGUGCGAUGGGGACGACGGGGACGACGACCCCGACGACGUGGCCCUCGUGGAUCGGCUGAAGAGGCGCAGCCGCAGCACCGCCGUGUGACGACGACUCGGUGAGCCGGCGUUGGUGGUGGGGUGGGAGGUGGUGGGGUGGGAGGUGGUGGGGUGGGAGGUGGUGGGCACUAUUCGGCGGUGAGCCGGCGAGCGUGGGUAGCCGGCGCUGUUCGCGGUGACUCCAGCGGUGCGUUGUUGCUGUCCGCUGGGGAGGACAUUAAAGGACUCCACCCCCCCCCCAUCUUGACGGUGUUUGAGAGCGGGCGAUUUGUGCGCCGAUUGUUGAAACUGCCCGCAACUUUGAAAAACCGUCCCCUCUUCACGUUACUGUGGCGUAGCGGGUCACGCAGGGGGCUCCUCCCCCUCUCAUAUACAUGGAGGACCUUGAGUUUUUGAAGAGCCUCUGGUUAAAUCGAAUCGGUUUCCAUCACUCUGCACUUAAAAUGUCGGUACAGUGAGCCCAUUGAACGGAGGGACUCUCUCCCAGAGCAUGGGACUCGAGGGCAAGAAUCGGUUUGUAUCGGACUGCGAGGGACCGCGAGAGAGCGAAGACACCGACUCCACGACGCAAAGAUCCACGUGGAAACUUGUAGGUCUGCGUGUCUGGAGCAGCCGCACCUAAUCGGGCUGAUGAUGAAGCUCCAUCUCGUGCGCAUGGACACCGCGCGCCUCUGUAUGCGGGUCCCAUAUCCGCAGCGGUUCAUUGGAGUGCCUGUCUACCGGUGCGCGUACCGACUCGCGUUAACAUAAUCAACCGUCAGGAUACACUACAGUUAAUUUGUUUUAUACUUUUUCUAAAUGGUAUAUAGACAUGCAUUCACACACACCACCCCCACACACGUGCUUUGAGACUUCCGGUGGGAAGGGGGGGGGGUCACAGCUGUUCGUCCUCGUAGCGCCAGGGAUGUCGGUGGUGCCUACUGCCCAGCACACACUGCCAGCGUCUCGUCGGUCAAGGCCGCCACGCCACGGACGAGACACGUGGUUGUCGUGGUUGUCGUGGUUGUCGCAUCGUCCAGUCACUUGGCGCCCCACUUGCACUUUCCCCUUUUACUCAUCGGCUCGGCUGAUUUUUACCCGCGAUUUUGAUUCAAUUUAUUUUUAUUUUCACCUAAAAAGUAGAGGAUUUUGAAAGACACUUGACAAUUUUUUAGUAUAACUUCGGCUGCAUUUUAUUUUCUUCUUGAGCCUUCUCCAUCUCCUUAAUGAUUUGAUUCCCAUCAAAUUCGUACAUUAUUUUAUGUUUUAAAGUAAUAAUUUAACUCUAUGAGUGUCGCGUUAGUCCGACUGUAGCUCAGUGUUGGUGCGCUGUGUGCAUCUGCCCGUGGUCUCUCGUUUGUUUCUGCGUUACAUUUUUGUUAACUUUUGUGAAUUCACAACGGCAAUAGGUUUUUGUUUUUUUGAAACCGUCAACUUGUAAAUAACUUAUUUUAAUUGUACUUACAAUAAACUAAUGUUCGCCUCUA